GACAAUAAUUUGUCUAUGCUGAGAUGACAAUGAAACGCUGAAGAGCUUUCCAUUCAUAAAAAUGGAUGAAGAGGGCCGUGCGCGAGGAUGAGUGCUUGUAAAAGUUGAAGAGACAGACCUACACAACGAAUAGCAAAAGCCUGCCUCGUCCAUUGCGACCAGCUACAUAUCUCACGUUAAGAUGACAUAGAAUGGGUUGGGUGGCGCUAGGGCGGUGUGCGGGUGGUGGCGGCCGCCUCUCGUCCAUCCUCUCGCUGUCUCUCACCUCCUUCGCGAGUUCCCUCAUCUUCACCUCCCUUUGUAUCCUCACACUUGCCUUUACUUUCGUCACCCUCGCUCGUGCCGAAGACAUCUUCGAGGAGGGAAAAUCGGACAAGGAGAUUCUGGACACCUUGCUGCUAGCGAACCGUUACGACAAGCGGCUUCUGCCGCCGGUCCAAGGUACACUGAGGCUCCCAUCCCACUGCCAAAAUCAAGGCAACUACACCCCUCACCUCUGUAUCCAAAUGACCCUCGACCAUCCAGAGCACCUCGAACAUCACCGGCACCGCUACCACCACACAGCACCACACAACCACAGCUCACUGCUCACCCCUCGUCAUGCUGAUUUCUGCUGCGGAAUGAGAUGGCCUGGUGACACUACCGGCUUGACAAACCAGUCGUCGAUCUCCUCUAUCGACUCCAAGAACCAGUACAAGAACCAGAACAAUAACCACUACACGUCGCACCAAAACCUCCGCACUCACCUUCGCGGAACAUUGACCGUAAACGUGAGCGUAUUGCUGUUGAGCUUAGCUUCUCCUGACGAGUCCAGUCUGAAAUACGAGGUGGAAUUCUUACUGCAGCAACAGUGGUACGAUCCACGACUGCGUUAUAGCAACAAAUCCAAAUAUGAGUUUUUAAAUGCGAUUCACCAUUACAACGAUAUCUGGUUGCCGGAUACGUAUUUCAUAAUGCAUGGAGAUUUCAAAGAUCCCAUCAUCCCUGUUCACUUCGCCCUGCGGAUAUACCGCAACGGCACCGUCAACUAUCUUAUGCGGCGUCAUCUUAUCCUAUCCUGCCAGGGUAGACUUAAUAUCUUCCCUUUUGACGACCCAUUGUGUUCAUUCGCAAUCGAGAGCAUAUCGUAUGAGCAGACAGCGAUUACGUAUGUGUGGAAAAAUGAUGAGGGUACGUUACGAACAAGCCCAAGCCUGACGGCACUGAAUGCGUAUCUCAUUAAAAAUCAGACAAUCACGUGUCCGAUCAAAGUGAGCUGGCGAGCUGACGGAAAGACCGUGGUUGACGAGGACGAGUUCGAUGAUUUUGGAGACUCUAAGUGCUCGCUGUGCCAGCGCAGAUUUGAGGAGCAAGGUAAUUACAGCUGCUUGAAGGUGGAUCUGAUCUUCACGCGAGAUCGUUCCUUCUAUUUCACUACGGUUUUCAUCCCGGGCAUUAUUCUAGUAACCAGCUCUUUCAUCACAUUUUGGCUCGAAUGGAAUGCCGUGCCGGCGCGAGUGAUGAUUGGUGUAACAACGAUGCUCAAUUUUUUCACCACGUCGAAUGGCUUCCGGGGAACGCUGCCCGUCGUUUCGAACUUGACUGCCAUGAACGUGUGGGAUGGCGUGUGCAUGUGCUUCAUCUACGCGAGUCUUCUCGAGUUCGUCUGCGUGAAUUACGUCGGCCGCAAACGGCCAAUGCACAACGUUGUCUAUCGUCCGGGCGAGAAUCCCGUCACCCAGCGGCUUCCAGCGGUGCUCAGCAGGAUAGGAAUUAUAUUGGCCAGCCCCUUGAAGCGGGAGGGCGGAGCUACUACCGGUGGUACUACUGGAGCGAACGAGAUUGUCACUUGCACCAACUGCGGACCUAAUCCCUGCACGCAUACAGCAACGAACGGUUGCACCGCCGAGCUAAGAAAAAAGGAUCCGCCGCAUCCGAUUAGAGUGGCGAAGACGAUCGACGUGAUAGCCAGGAUCACUUUCCCAGUCGCCUAUUUCAUGUUCCUCACUUUCUUCUUCAUUCACUAUAAGGGCACCUCGUAGAAUGACGCACAACGAUCUCCGAGAGAUCUCCCAUCGCUGGUAUGAGCGACAACGAAACUUUCCAAUAGGUGACGACAUUCGUGCUAAAAAUCGAAUCCACAGUAGACUCGAAUCUUGUCUCACAAAUGUUUCCGAAAAUGUUUUCGAGCAAACAUUUUUAAGACGCAAUCGUUUGUAUCGCAAUCAAACAAUUAUCUGAUCUUUUCCGUAAAGACAAGGAUAACGCAGAUAAGUAGAUCCGAAAAUUCUUACGAAGUCGUGAAUGUUACCUGACUAUAGUGAAACAAACGAAAUCAAACAGAUUAGCUGUAAUAAACGGGCGGGAACGUCUAAAGGAUAAAAGAAUUUUUCUCCCGAAGGGAGAAAGAGGAAGAGAGUCGCUAAUUCGGGGAUAUUCGAAGGCACGACAUAAAAGAAAAGGAUACCAACGAUGGUUCGUCUCCGACUAUACUUCAUCUCCUCUCACGUGUGAUAGCUCUUGAAAGCACUCCUCUAUGGGGGAAGUAGAUUACGAUCGCUUCGCGAUCAUAUGCAGCGGCCAUAUACACUUAUCUUCAUUAUUCUUUUCUCUUUCUUAUAUCUUAGAUAGGUAAUAGAAUGUGUCGCCGGCGAACACACUUUGGCCAAGCAGAGAGAAUGACGCUUAGCUUAAUUGACGAUGAUCAAACGUACUAAUGUAAGAUAUAAUAUAAUAUUACAGACGAACCUCUGUAUUCUUAACA